AUGCAAAUUUCUUUACACUCCCUGCCAUGCAAUCCUCUCUUCCUUCACUCCCACCCAUCCAUGCCAUCUUUCUCUUUUUCUUCAUCUCCACUCCUUACCAUGUCAUCCUACUCUCUCUCACCCCACACCUUACUGUGUCAUCCUACUCUACCCACAUCUGUGUCAUCUUACUCUCUCUAUCUCUCUCUCCACUCCAUACCAUAUCAUCCUACUCUCUCUUUCCUCCACCAACCAUAUCAUACUUGUAUGACUCUCUCUUCUUCCCUCAGCCAUGUCAUACUUAUAUCACUCUGUCUCUCACUUUCCCGCAAUUCUCAUCAUUUUUUUCUCUCUCUCUCUCUCUCUCUCUCUCUCUGCACCACAUCCUCUUUGCUGCCAUUUAAUUCUAUUUCUUUCUCAUUUGCGAGGAAUUUUUUUUUUUUUCCCCACUUUCUUUUCGGAUUUGUUUAUUUUCAUGAACUUCAAACAUCAGUCAAAGUUUUCUGUCUUCAAAUAAACAGAAUUCAUUCUUUCAAUGUCUUUUAUCUCUCUCUGCAUGAUCAUUUCAUUCAAUAUUUAAUUCUGGUUUGUUUCUUAUAUCAGUACACUUUCCUUCUCCCUCUAAUUCCACUCACCUCUCUUAUGUCUUCUAUCACCCUCUACCAAUUGCCUUUUCUCUCUCACGUCCUCUUUUCAAUCGCCUUUUCUCUCUCUUUCGCCCUCUUUUCAAUCGCCUUUUCUCUCUCUUUCGCCCUCUUUUCAAUCGCCUUUUCUCUCUCUUUCGCCCCUCUUUUCAAUCGCCUUUUCUCUCUUUUCGCCCUCUUUUCAAUCGCCUUUUCUCUCUCUUUCGCCCUCUUUUCAAUCGCCUUUUCUCUCUCUUUCGCCCUCUUUUCAAUCGCCUUUUCUCUCUCUUUCGCCCUCUUUUCAAUCGCCUUUUCUCUCUCUUUCGCCCUCUUUUCAAUCGCCUUUUCUCUCUCUUUCGCCCUCUUUUCAAUCGCCUUUUCUCUCUCUUUCGCCCUCUUUUCAAUCGCCUUUUCUCUCUCUUUCGCCCUCUUUUCAAUCGCCGUCUCUCUUCUAAAUCGCCCUCUCUCUUCUCAGUCGCCCUCUCUCUUCUCAGUCGCCCUCUUCUCAGUCGCCCUCUCUCUCUCUCUCUCUCUAUCGCCCUAUCUCUCUCCGCCCCUCUCUCUCUCCCCCUUAAUCGCCCUCUUCCCCCUUCUCUCUCCCCUCUUCUCAUUUCUCUCCCCCCCCUUCUCAUUUCUCUCUCUUCUUUUACUUUCUCUUUCCUUCAUAUGUUCAACAGUUUUUCAUGGUCUAUCCUCUCUCUCUAGUCCCCUUUCUCUCUCUCUCUCUAGUCCCCUUUCUCUCUCUCUCUCUAGUCCCCUUUCUAUCUCUCUCUCUAGUCCCCUUUCUCUCUCUCUCUCUAGUCCCCUUUCUCUCUCUCUCUCUCUAGUCCCCUCUCUCUCUCUCUUGUCCCCUUUCUCUCUCGCCCCUUUCUCCCUCUCUCGCCCCUCUCACCUCCCCCUUCUCUCUCUCUCGUCCCCGCUCUCACUCUCUCUCUUCUCUUCCCCUUCUCGUCCACCACUAUAUAUCUCUCUCUUUCCCAUCCACGACUUUCUCUCUCUCUCUCUCCUCUACUCUCACUCUCUCCCAACUUCCCAUUAUCUUCAGGAUAAAUUCUCUCUCCUAUUCCGCUCCCUCUCUUUCAAAACAUGA